CAAAUCUGUUUUCGUCUUUCCAGCACGCUCUAUUUUUGGCACAGCAAUGUAAAGUUGUCAUGUGCAUAUGGAUGAAGUAUCGCCUCAGUAGUUAAUUGUGUUUUCGUUUCAGCGGAGAAUAGAUUUCCUCUGUUUAUUAUAAGCAUAAGGACGGAUUUGCGUCACCGUGCGACUUGCGAGUUGAGAUAAAGUUGCACAAAUAUUGAAAAAAGGAAGUGCUAACAGUCAUUAUAAAGUUCCACCUCUGUGAGUCGGAGGAAAUAAGGGUGCUCUGCUGUAUCCUAAAAUACUAAAGCAUCUUCUAUUUUUGGCCUAAAUCUUGCAGGAAUAUCCGCUCAUUUAGCCUGAAUCAGAGCUCAUCAAAAACAGGAUGACCUGCAUCGAGAAACUCCUGUUUCCUAAUUCCACAGAGCAGAAAACACACACACAUACACACACACACGAGUCGGAGUGUUAGCAUUUGAUUGUGGAUCAUUUUUUAAUCAUAGUUUGUUAGCAUAAUAAUAAAAAAAUAAUAAUAAAAAAUAAAAACACGGUCGGCACUGAAGAGAAUGCACACAUGCGUGUAAAACAGUAUUUUUUCUAUUUGAAGUAUAUUGUGUGUUAAUCUAAAUGAAACUUUUUUUUUGUAUAAAUAUAAUGCAUCUAUUAGAAUAAAUGGUUAUUUGAAAAUACAUAUAAAAUGUACUUGCUUUCUCAACCUUAUUUUGAACAAAACCAAGUGGCGCAUGGGUUAAUUUUGUUGUUAAUUAAAUUUAUUGGACGAAAUGUUUACCCAAAGCCUUUGGAAAUUGUAUUUAAUUUGUAUUAAAAUAAUAUUAUUUCUACAUUAUACUUUAGAUAAUCUUACAAUUUGAUUAAUGAUUUUUAAAAUUCAAUUAAAGCGACAACUUAUCUGUUUUAAUGUCUAUUCAUAUCCAUUUAACAAACACGAAGGGCAUUAAUGGACGUGCUCUCGGUCAAACUCAUCGUCUUUGGGGCGUGUUUGGGUCGUUCUGUCAACUUCCAUUGGCUCAGAAAGAGCCAAUCAAUAACGCAAUAACUCUAGCUUAGAGCAGUUCGGACCCCCGUCUGGAGUUUCAUACUUGAGGAGCGACGCAAGAGAGGGCAACUCCUUAAACUUGACCGUCUGCUCGUGCUCAUUACAUGCAGUUGUUCGAGAUUCUGUUCAGAAGUUUCGCCUUUUCCUGUCAGGAUGUACACAACGGGACUCAACCCGUUUUACGCAUCGAACUUUAGCCUGUGGACUGCGUAUUGUUCGGCUGGUUUUGCGGUGGAUAGCAUGAAGAAACCCUCGUUCUGCAUUGCUGAUAUACUGCAUGUUGGAGAUGCUGAAAACAUCCAGGGAUCGUCUUCGCUCAUGGCUCAUAUUGGGGCCCGUGCGCAGGUUCAUUCGUCAGGGUCUCCGCUUCGGCCGUCGCCGGUAACCCCGGACGCGCGUUUACACCCCGCGUACCUCCGGCACGGAAUACACUUGACAUCCAGAGCCGCGAUAAACGCCCCCCCGCCGACAAGUAAAGACCUCAAGUUCGGCAUUGAUCGGAUAUUAUCCACAGACUUCGAGCCGAAGUCAAAAGAGUCUCCAUCGUUGAGAGAUCUCACGUCGAUUGUUAGUCCGAAUCGGCAGUCUGCAGUCCAUGUGUCUGCCAGCCCGUACUUCGCGUCCAUAGACCCGACCAUGAGCGAAACCUCCUCCCUGAUGGGUUCGAUAGGCAAUGCCGCCAGACAAUCAGGGCAACAUCAGUUUCAAGACACCUUCCCAGGUAGGCCGUAUGCGGUGCUUUCCAAAGACACAAUGCCACAGACGUACAAGAGGAAAAGAUCCUGGUCCAGAGCUGUGUUUUCCAACCUGCAGCGGAAAGGCCUGGAGAAACGCUUCGAGAUACAAAAGUACGUCACAAAACCGGACAGAAAACAACUGGCUGCGAUGCUGGGACUCACUGACGCACAGGUGAAAGUCUGGUUUCAGAACCGGAGGAUGAAAUGGAGGCAUUCCAAAGAAGCACAAGCGCAGAAGGACAAAGAGAAAGAGCAACCGGACAAAUCCGCAGCCGAAACUGAACAAAAGGAACGCGACGAUUCCGAAUGCGAAACCGAACCGAGCGAAUCCGAAUUUGAAGACGGACCGGAAGACAAAAGCGACGUGGACAUUUCUGACCUCAACAAAGCCAGUGUGAUUAUUCCUGGACCUCUGCCUGUCAGCACGCAGGACACAUCCAGCACAAACCCCACAACAGAACCGAACACAGCCACACAAAUGCUGCUGUGAGAAACGGAAUCUUCUGAUGUGAACCAGAUCCGAAUCAUCUUCCGAUGUGAACACCUCAAACACACAAUUAACGCGUUUUACGGGACAGAGACACAAACAUACACACACAGGCCUACAUGAGCCCCCGUCUUCCAUUGUGAAACAGAGACUUUUUAUUUUUAUUUGUGAACGGAAAGCAUCGCAUCUGCCUUAACCGAACCACUUCUGACGAUUUGGGAUUUGAAUGACGUUGAUAAACUUGAUUGUAUUAUAUUUGUCUGUAAGUAUUUGCACUGAACAUGUAAAUAAACGACUGAUUCUUCUAGAUCA